GUGAAGGGAAUGAAGCGGUCCUCUGUUUGUGUGCAUGCCAAAAGUUUGGCUUGUUGGUUUUUUUUCUUUUCACUUUCAACUUUUCAAAAAGGUGGUAUAAGAAAAAACAAACUCUUCUUUUGCUACUAUCAUUAUGUAGUCUAUGGACCAACCCACUAUACCCUUUGUUGCCUGCUAUAAGUACCCGACAGCCCUUCUUCCAACAUGUUCAUCCAGCAUCUCUCUCUCUCUCUCUCUCUCUCUGAUCUCAGAGCCAUGGCUGUUCCUUUGGUUCUAAAGUUUCUCAUAUUAGCACUUCAAGUGUUUGCUUCUUCGUUUCUGAGAGUUGCACAUGCUGCUGAUGCCUUUGUGUCGUCUAGAGCUGUGUACUAUCCAAACUCUGAAUCGUCUGGAACAGAUGUUGGUGCAUGUGGGUUCGGCAAAUUUGGUGCAAGCCUCAAUGGUGGUGAUGUCUCUGCAUCUGCUCAGCUCUACAGAAAUGGUGUCGGCUGCGGCGCUUGUUACCAGGUGAAGUGCACUAACACGGACUACUGCUCAGACCAAGGCGUGACAGUGGUCGUCACUGACUUCGGCGCGAGUGACGGCGCUGACUUUAUACUCAGCCAGCAUGCCUUCUCAAGGAUGGCAGUUAACCAGACCUCGGCCUCUUCUCUCUUACAGCUUGGUGUAGUCAAUGUCCAAUACACAAGGGUUUCUUGCAGGUACCCCAACACCAACAUGAGGUUCAAGAUCGAUGAAAGCAGCAACUUCCCUCACUACUUGGCGCUCCUCAUAUGGAACCAACAGGGCACGAAGGACGUAAUUGCUGUCCAAUUGUGUGAAACUACCAAGUUCCGAUGCAAGUUGGUGGACCGAAGCCAUGGGGCUGUGUGGACAGUGGUGGAGCCACCGACAGGGCCGUUGCUGGUGAGGAUGUUGGUGAGCGGUGGGCAGGAGGGGGAUGAGACCUGGCUCGUCCCCACCAACGUCAUACCUCAAGAUUGGAAAGCUGGAGAUGUCUAUGACUCUGGGGUGCAAUUACAGGCUUAGGAAUUAUAUUCAUAUGUUUCUCUUGGGAAUUAUAUUCAUAUGUGUGUCCGUUAUUUCUUUUAGGGUUUUGCAUUUUCACUUUUCUUACGCAUGCAGUUUGAGUCAUUACCUUUGUUGGUAGAGUUUGAUUCAUGGCGUAAUUUUAUAAUUGGGGUUUUCCUGUUGGGGCUUCUAAUCUUCUUCUCUAAAACUUGGGGCUAUGUGUUGGUUGGUGUUUGUAACUUUUUUAAAGCAAGUUGCUUGGUGAUUAAAUAUGGCAAUCUCCUGUCUCUCUCUCUCUCUCUCGAUAUUGUGGACGGCAACGAUU